UGCGUGCGCGGCCCCGCCCCGUUCUUGUGUUGCUGGGCUUAGUAACAGUGGCGCAGCAUACUAGCAUAGCAGAGCAGGAUGCCGGUGGACGUGUCCCAGUGGUGCGGGGCUCUGGCCCUGGACGAGGUGGACGAAAAGCCGCUGCAGCCGCUUAGUGUCAGCUACGGGUCGCUGGUCAUAGAGGAGCUGGGCCAUGUGCUCACCCCCACGCAGGUUCAGAACUGCCCUACGAGCAUUUCAUGGGAAGGAAUGGACAGCAACAAACUGUACACUCUUGUGAUGACUGACCCAGAUGCUCCCAGCAGGAAAAAUCCCAAAUUCAGGGAAUGGCACCACUAUCUUGUUGUGAACAUGAAAGGGAAUGACCUCAGCAGUGGUUGUGUCCUGUCUGAUUAUGUUGGCUCAGGCCCACCGAAAGGAACUGGCCUCCAUCGUUAUGUCUGGUUGGUGUACGAGCAGAAAGAACCACUGAAAUGCGAUGAGCGAGUUCUGACCAACCGCUGCGGAGAGCACAGAGGAUGUUUUAAGUUGUCUUCAUUCCGCAAGAAAUAUGGCCUUGGAGCCCCUGUUGCUGGGAAUUGCUACCAGGCUGAGUGGGACGAUUAUGUCCCCAAGCUGUAUGAGCAACUUGGCUCUUAAAGCAACCUGCAGAUUAUUAUCCUUUUGCACUUAAUUGUUCAGACCACAAGUCAUUUCCAAUUUUUAAGCCAAUCAUUUCUCACAUCCUGACCAGUGUUUCCUGUGGUGAAGGAAAACAACUUGUACAAAUGUUUCCACUUAGCACUUAAUUGAAAGAGCUUUAAAGUGUUUAGUAGCCUGAGAAUGAAGAAUCCCUAGACACUUAGAGCUAAGGCACCUUUUGUAGUCCUGGUAAAGGUCAGUCUCCAAUCCAGGAACAUCCUUCGCUUUAUUAACAGGAAGUAGGAAUUCCCGAAUGAAGAGGCCCAUAGAUGCAUUUCAGCAGAUUAGUU